CUGGAGACGCGCGCGUCAGCAAAUGAUUACUUUCCUGACCGGGAUUACACGCGACACACGCUGCCAAGUGGACACGGGCAACGAUGAGGCUUCUCUAUCUGCUGUAUCUGCUCUGCUUGGCUGCUUGUGUGGCUUCCAGAGGAAGAGACUGGGCUCAUCAUGGUGCGCCCAUGUUUGCUGACCUGACACCUCGCGAGAUGAAAGCCGUCCGGGCUUACCUCCAUGGCAUUGCAGAAUUUGGACUCGCUGAUGUUAAAAAUUCGUCUCUCAAAAAGAACAGCAUCUUGAUGAUGGAGCUCCAAGUGCCGAGAAAACACGAAGCUUUGAGAGCUUUGGACCGUGGUCAGGCCAAACCUCCACGUCAAGCCCGUGUGAUUAUCCAGUUUGCGAACCAAGCCAAGCCGAAUAUCACUGAGUUUAUUGUCGGCCCGCUACCGUCUCCAAAUUCUCAUGAGGUCAAGAGGUUCAAAGGAGAUAGGCCUAUCCCAUUUGAGUCUAGGCCCUUGACUACAUUAGAGUAUCAUUACUUCAAUCACAGCAUUGGCAAAAUCACAGCUAAAGCUCACAAGCUUCUGUUCGAGACCACGGGAGGAUUUACAUUCACAAACUGCGCUGAUCGCUGUUUGUAUUAUAUCGACAUAGCUCCAAGAGGGCUGGCAUCGGGUGAGAGGAGGUCCUGGAUAAUGUUGGUCAAGUUUGUGGAAGGAUAUUAUAUCCAUCCAAUUGGAUUUGAGAUACUGCUCAACCAUAAAGACUUGGAUCCAGAUAAGUGGUCUGUUGAGAAGGUGUGGUACAACAGUAUGUUCUUCGAUACUGUGGAGGAGUUGGUAGAAAAGUAUGAAUCAGGAGCUGUGGAGAAGGUCAGUCUACCCCAUCAUGAUGACAAUGAUCACUACUCCACCUACAUUCCACGGGGUCAAAGCAACACUCCCACUAAUAUCCACGGCCCAAAACUUGUAGAACCUCAGGGCCAUCGCUAUCAUGUUGAUCGCAACUUUGUUGAAUAUGCCGGAUGGUCGUUCGCCUACAGAGUGCGUUCAUCAGCCGGUCUUCAGGUCUUUGACGUCCGUUUUGAUGGAGAAAGGAUUGCCUAUGAGGUCAGCCUCCAAGAAGCUAUUGCUUUCUAUUCUGGUGACACCCCUGCAGCCAUGCAAACAAAAUACAUUGAUGCUGGUUGGGCCAUGGGUUCCGUUUCAUUUGAGCUAGCCCCUGGAAUCGACUGUCCAGAAAUUGCCACCUUUGUUGACCUUCACCACUACUUUGACACAGACAAACCAGUGCGCUAUAGAAAUGCACUCUGUAUUUUUGAGAUGACCACAGCUUUGCCUUUGAGAAGACAUUUCAACGCAUUCAGUGGAGGGUAUAACUUCUAUGGAGGACUAGACAACACUGUAUUGGUAUUACGGACCACUUCAACUGUUUUCAACUAUGAUUACAUCUGGGAUUUCAUCUUCUAUCAAAAUGGGGUGAUGGAGGUAAAGGUCAGCGCCACUGGUUAUAUCCAUGCUACUUUCUUUACGCCAAAUGGACUUCAGUAUGGCCACAAGGUGUACAACUAUGUGCUGGGAAACCUGCACACGCAUCUUAUCAAUUACAAAGUUGACCUGGAUAUUGCUGGUCGAGAGAACAGCAUUCAGACUUUGGAUUUGAAAUAUGUCAACUUCACAAAUCCCUGGAGCCCCAAGAAUUUCAUCGUCCAGUCCAAACUCAGUUGGACUGAACGCAAGACGGAGCGUUCUGCCGCAUUCCGCUAUGGCAAGAAGUUCCCUCGCUAUGUACAUUUUUACAACCCUAAUGAGAAAAAUAAGUGGGGACAUCAAAAGGGCUACCGUAUUCAGUUAAACUCGCACGGCGACAGUGUGCUUCCAAGAGGCUGGCAAGAAGAAAAUGGCAUCAGUUGGUCAAGAUAUCCUCUGGCUGUUACUCGCCAUAAAGACAGUGAGGCCACCAGCAGCAGUAUUUAUAACCAGAAUGACCCCUGGAAACCUGUGGUGGCAUUUGAGGACUACAUUCGCAACAAUGAAGAGAUCGUCAACCAGGAUCUGGUUGCCUGGGUGACGGUGGGCUUCCUGCAUGUGCCUCAUUCAGAAGACAUCCCCAACACGGCAACACCAGGCAACGCGGUGGGCUUCUUCCUCCGACCCUUUAACUUCUUCGAUGAGGACCCUUCGACAGUAUCCAGAAGCACGGUCAUCGUCCGACCAGGACCGGACGGGAAGCCCAAAGUCCAACGGUGGACACCAGAGGUCAUAGGUCAUUGUGUGACAGACAAGCCAUUCUUUUACAAUGGCACUUAUGCAGAGGUCUAGGAGAUGUUGCUAUUUUGGUGGUAUUACUAUUUUAAGUGAGAGUGGGAAGGAGGCUUUGUGUUUGACUUGUCUGACACCGUGGGAAAGACAACACAUAGGCAGUUGUACAUUUUAAAUCUAAAAAAUAUACACAUCUAAGUACAUGUUGGGUACAUAUAUAUAAUUGAACUGUUAUUGUAUUGAUGGAAAAAAAUAAUGAAAAUAGAACUGAAAAUAUUAACAACAAAAGUAUCAUAUAAUUUGCCACGGACCAAAAAUAGCUUGAGCCCUGCUAUUAUACGUUAUUGAUGCCCCCCACAAAAGUGUUUAAACUGUCCUGCAAUUGUCUAAAAUUGCCACAAGAUGUCAACAAAGGAUUUUGUCGAAAUGAAGCUCCUCAACUCAUUUGAACAGUUCCUUGAUACCAAGCUGCUACGAGAUUGCACCAAAACAAUACUGUUGUUGAUUGGCCCGAGUACAAAAAUAGUGAAUAGGUGCAAAUAGGUUCGAAAACAUUUUGCGACACGUCAAAUUCACAAAUGCCGAACCGCAAAUAUGCGGGUUCACUUAGAUUAUGCAGUUGGGCCCAGAUAAUUUAGCCGAUUUGCGUUUAAGUCACUUAGUUGCGUAUAAAUCCGUAGCCUUUUAUUUCACAUUACACUACGUGUCGAAAAAAAGAUGAGGUGAUUGCUUCUGCCAAUCCCAUGAGACAUUUCCAUGGCUAAGGCUUAGCAUUGACAGGCAUGCAGGAUUCAGGAUGCUCCGUAUCCGCACAGUUAGUGGUAAACCCGCUGGCACACAGCAUGCUCUGCUUGCCCUCUUGGCGGGAAUGUUUUUACACGAAAGGCAACACGGUUCCGAGUGCAAACAGUCUGAUACCGGAUCCUUCGCACAAACAAUCCAGGAUACCACUUUGGUACCAUGGUAACCAAACUAUACAGAAGUAAUGUGACAAAAUAUACAAUUUAGGAUGUUCUUUAUAUACAAAUUCCGGACAUAGUGAUAUCACUUCCAGAAGGAAACGGUCAAAUAAAUAGUAUUAUUGUAAACACAUACUGUAGUCUUUUUUUCUUUUCAUUCAUGUUAAAAUGUACGACAUCUUUUAAAAGGCUUUUGUAUGUGUGGAAGUAAAUAGCAACUGUUCACUUGCGUGACAAAAAGGAAUUGCCGAAAUCUAAAACCGUUUUUAUUUGUGUGUCAAUGUUUUACAAUGUGCAUGUUAAAAGUGCCGAUUAUGUAAGCUAUGCACGCAUUAGCCAAUGAACAGUGGAGGGGAAGCGAACACAAACUAGAGUAACAUGCAUUCCUAUCGCGAUUGCCAUGGAGAUGACGGCCAUGACGUCACAGCAGACGGGUUUUUAGGGAUAAAACACACUGUAUAUUCAUUUUGAAAUUAUAAAUAAUAGACCGGUGUUUUUAUUUAGUAACGCAACCAUGUUUUAAUAUGAUUUGUCUGUCCUCAUUUCUCUCUUAAAGCAGAAAUGUUUAUUGUUUUACCUUAAUAAAAUGAUGCUGAAGACA